AUGAAUGAUGUAUAUUUCGCUAACCUUGUGGAAAUUUUGGUAACCAAAGACAGAAGAAACUCCUCUACGAAGCUCCAAAGCAAAGCAAAAAUGGCGAAACUGGAAACCCGUCACUCACAGUCACCACCGCUUCAUUCAGCUGCCUUUUACUUCUUUUUCUUCGCCUUCUUCCUUACGACCGCGCUUGCUCAGAAUCUACCACCAAGCAAUUUUACAAUGCCGAAACUCAUUAUUUGUCAAGGGUUUCUAUUGUGGAUAAAAUCGUGAAGUUUGGAGCGGAAGUACUCGGGAAGUCUUACGAAAAGGCUCUAGUAACUGGCUUCAAUGAUAGGAACACUGAUCUUUUGACACGUGUUUCUUUCAAGUUUAGCACCUCAAGAGGAGUCUACGGAACACCCUUUUUCUUUAUAAAUGGAUUCCUAGCUCCUGAUAAAGGUUCUGCCAUAAAUUACACCGGAUGGAGGGACUUGAUCGACCCUUUGGUCGGGAAUAAGAAGAGAAUAGGAUGGAAAACAAAUACUGGAAAGCAUACAAUUGCAGACUUUGCAUUUAUGUGAUACCCCAUUAUCUCAGAAAAAGGUAUAGCAAGAUUGGUUAUGCAAUAAAUGACUCUAUGUUUUGUCUUUCUUUUUAUGUUUUGUAAUUGUCAAGUAAUGUGAAAUAUAAACUCAGACAGAGAUGCUUUAUAUGGUUCUUCUCUUUUUAUGAAGAAAAUAUACAUCACUGGCUUAGUUACUUCGCAUGGAGCUGCCUCGUUCUACCAGUUGCUUAUCCACUUCAUGAUGCCAUUUUAUACCCCUGCUAAUUCUCUAGUUACGAUACUUUUGAUAAAGGAUUUGAAAAAAAACAUUUUUUUUUUAUUUUUAUAAAAUAUCUCUUUUCCUUUGUUAAUGCAUAAUUGUGUGUUUUGCUUCAUUUUCUAUUAGAGGACUUGAGUACACCUUGAAUUUGUCUGUCUAGCAUAGAAAAAAGGGAAUAAUUUAAAGGUUUGCUUUUGGGUUGGAUCAUUAGGGGUCCAAGAGGCUGACUUGUUGGGCUGGUCCAAUAUUGAAAUAAAGGGUUGGCCUCACUUGGCCAGUUAAACUUUGAUCUUUGGCUGGAGCUUAGGGAGCCUCUUUAAUGACUUGGGUGUGAGAAAAGUGUGGGCUUGGAGAAACAUUAGAAAGCAAUCAGAGUUAGGGUCUUGUGGUAAAAAAAAAAGGUUUUAAUUAAAAUACUUGUGUGUUUAAAAUGUCAAAUUACUAUAAAGUGAUUCUUAGUUAAUCAUUCUAGAAUCAUUUUUUUGAGAAGUUAUUCUUCCAUAAAUGAUUAUAAACCAAUUUGAUUAUUACACAAAAAUAUUUUUGGCCCUCCGAAAUCAUUUGGAAGCUAAUUCGAAUCCAUUCUAAGUCCGGACAAGUAAAAAGACCACUCAAGAAUGCAUGUGGUUAGUUUAGGAGUGAAUGUCAAAACACUACCAAGUAAACAAACCAAGUAGAAUCAGUUUUAGUACCAAGUAAACAAACCAAGUAGAAUCAGUUUUAAGGAUGUAAUCUUCAAUAAAAUUAGAACUCUUAAAAAGAGUAGAUGAACAAUAAGUUGAAUAGGAGUUUGGGUUGCCAUAUUUAUAGUAGAGGUAGAAGUAAAUAAAUGGGAUUGAAAGAAGAGAAGAGAUGAGUUAUGCCUAGAAGGGAGAGUGAACACUUUUGCAAACAUGUGUGAGCUGUGAGUUCUGACACCCACAACUUUUUUUGAGUUUCAGUGUCUGUCUUAGUUUGUCCAAUUGCAGGUCUACUCCUUGAUAUUACCAAUGAUCUUAUCCAAACCAACCAGUACUGGCUUGGCACACAUCUAAAUGUGUAUGAGGAAGCAUCUUCAUCUUAACUUGGGUUUUUGUUUCCUCUCUUAGAUUCACUUUUCUUUUUGUUCUCUGUUGGCAACUGAUGCAUUGGAAAAUUCACAUAUUACUGCUCCCUGCAUAGUUGUGUUAUGCUUUGCAGGUGUGUUCGGUUCGGUUGUGUUGUGCAUAGGAGGUAUUCUAUUCGAAUUCCUACAGGACCAUUUUCUUUUCAAUUAACAUUAAUAACUACUUUAGCUUUUUGUAAGAAUUUCUAAGUCUACAAGUGAGGGGAGUGUGAAAUAUUGAUAAAUGAUUAUAUUUACGGUAACCUAUCAGUUUAAACUUUUGAGUUGAUUGAUGAUGUAACAUCCUAUCAGAGUAGGAGGUUGUGUACUCGGAGCCUUGUAAUGUCAUUUUCUCCCCAUUUAAUAUUGAUUAACAUUUGUUGGGUUUUGACCUUUUGGUCA